CGAGACGAGGGCUAGGGUUUAUAUUUUUGAAGCCGCUCGCUGCUAAGCCUCUCUCCUUCUCCAAGCUCAGAAGACCCUUAGCGCCGCAGCACAACUCCGUUCAGCAGCCAUGGGGAAGACGCGUGGUAUGGGAGCUGCUCGCAAGUUGAAGACCCACCGCAGGAGGCAAAGGUGGGCUGACAAGGCUUACAAGAAGUCUAACUUGGGUAAUGAGUGGAAGAAGCCUUUCGCUGGUUCUUCUCAUGCCAAGGGCAUUGUCCUGGAAAAGAUUGGCAUUGAAGCCAAACAGCCAAAUUCUGCUAUCCGUAAGUGUGCCAGAGUGCAGCUCAUUAAGAAUGGAAAGAAGAUUGCUGCCUUUGUUCCUAAUGAUGGUUGCUUGAACUACAUUGAGGAGAAUGAUGAAGUACUCAUAGCUGGAUUCGGGCGUAAGGGUCAUGCCGUGGGAGAUAUUCCUGGAGUCCGUUUCAAGGUUGUGAAGGUCUCUGGUGUUUCCCUUUUGGCUCUCUUCAAGGAGAAGAAGGAGAAACCGAGGUCUUAAAUUAUUAAUGGAGAGAUGUAUGGUGUGGUUUUUCUCCGAGUGAAUCUUACUAAGCCAAGUUUUGGUUAUUGUAUGGUGAAACCUUCAAUUUUUGCAAUCCUGUAUGUUGCAGUCUUAAGUCUUAACAUUCUUUGCUCGAGGUCUGUCGGUAGAUUUUAAUUUUAUACAUUUUUUGCUUGAUUGUUCUCUUGAUUCGAGACAAGGCUCAUAACAGGCAGGAGCCCCUGCGGAAAUCGGGUACAGGAUGACAACUUCGUAGCAUAGUUGUUAU